AUGCGCAUGCGUUCUAGGCAAAGCCUAACGCAGACAUGGCAGCACUGGCUCCCCGGGCUUCUCUCCGGCUGCAGCUCCUAGUCUCCUGGUUAAAGCCCAGAGCCGUGGCUGCUGCCGCCUACGGUACCUCAAUAACCUCUGCUAAAGUGGAAGUGAAUGGUGUUCACCUGCAUUAUCAACAAACUGGAGAAGGAAAGCAUGGAGUUCUGCUACUUCCUGGAAUGUUAGGAAGUGGAGAAAGUGAUUUUGGACCCCAGCUCAAGAACUUGAAUAAGCAGCUGUUCACAGUCGUAGCCUGGGAUCCUCGGGGAUAUGGUCAUUCCAUCCCCCCAAAUCGUGAUUUCCCCGUGGACUUCUUUGAAAGGGAUGCAAAAGAUGCUGUUGAUCUGAUGAAGACACUGAAAUUUAAAACAGUUUCUUUGCUGGGAUGGAGUGAUGGUGGGAUAACUGCACUCAUUGCAGCUGCAAAGUACCCAUCUUAUAUCAACAAGUUGGUAAUUUGGGGAGCAAAUGCCUAUGUUACUGAUGAGGAUGAAAUGAUUUAUCAUGGCAUCCGAGAUGUUUCAAAGUGGAGUGAGAGAACAAGAAAACCUCUGGAAGCACUGUAUGGACGUGAAUACUUAGCCAAAACCUGUGAGAAAUGGGUGGAUGGAAUAUUGCAGUUUAAAGACCUACCAGAUGGUAACAUUUGUCGACAUUUGUUGCCCCUUAUAAAAUGUCCUACUUUAAUAAUACAUGGCGAGAAAGAUCCUUUGGUUCCACGUUUUCAUGCAGAUUUUAUCCAUAAGCAUGUUAAAGGUUCACGGUUCAGCUGGAACAAAUCUGCCUCCAGGACUAGAGGGUGGUAGGUUACAUCUGAUGCCAGAAGGCAAGCACAACCUGCAUUUACGCUUUGCAGAUGAAUUCAACAAACUAGUAGAAGACUUCCUACAGUAAAAAAAAAAAAAAUUGUCCAAAAUCUUUCUGGGUUUUACAUACAUCCAUCUUUUAAUCAUAUUGCAAAUCACUCUUCUUUUAGAAAAAAUAAGAAUUAUCAAGAUCAAUCCUGUUUUUGAGAACACCCUAAUUUUGUGGCAAUAGCUACCCCCUCCCAAAAAAGUAAAUCUUACCAAUCAAUUGUGAAUUCCUUGCAAAGCCUCCAUUUCUUCCUAUAAAAUCCCUUUAGUUCUAAAUAAACUGUUGUAGGUUAGGUCA